UUUCUUACUCCUGCUACUACCCUAGGUAUGGUAAACAAUAAUUACCACUCUAUUAUAUCCGCGACAAUGGACACAACAGAGAACAACAAGCGCAAACUUGAAGUCGACGACCCAGGCACAGCAUCAGUGUCAGAGUCAGAGUCUGUGUCCGCGCCAGCGCCAAAACGACAAUGCUCACAGCCGGGUGCCAGUGGCGGCCAGCCUCGACCCCUCAAUGCAAGCAUGGAAAAAGAAAAACCUGCGCACUCGCUCACUUGGCAAACGCCGGCUUGGCCGACCCCAAUACGACAAUACUCGACGACAGGCAGCCAUCUUCUAAACUACCCUCCAAGUGCAUAUGGAAUCGCAAGUACAACGACUCACACUGCCAAACAGCAGCAACAAAAGCCUCCCUCAUCAAAGACAACCACUGCCAAAAUACAACAACAAAAGCCUCUUUCGGAGCAGCAAACACAUCAGAAGAUGGGCCUCGCAGAGUGUGCUAGAGAGACACUCAGUGUCGUACCCGGACUCUUGCUUACCCGACCCGAUGCUCGACCCGAUGGCUUCCGAUAUGCCCAGCAGCCCUUGAAUCUGGUUGACAAGUGUCCCAAUCUGCCCAAGACCAAGAUACGAGUCAUCGACAGCGACACCAUUGACGCCGCACUUCAGAUGUCCCUUAACGCGUUGGCAAACGACCCUCCGAUCUGCAUCCUGAACAUGGCCAAUGCAAAACGUGCAGGCGGUGGGUUUCGAACUGGGUCGCUUGCACAGGAGGAAGAGCUCUGUUACAGAACCUCUCUUGCCCGCACUCUCAAGUAUGGCUUGUACCCCAUCCCCGAGGAUAAUGUCAUCUAUUCACCUACCGUGCUUGUCAUCCGAAGCAGCUUUACCAACGGCCACCUUCUGUUCGACUGUCGUGACCCGCGCCAACUUCCGGUCAUCAGCGUCAUUUCUGCAGCGGCAAUCCAUAAGCCUGCAACAAAAAAGGUGCCUGGAACGGCACCAAUCACCGCUUCGUUGGACUAUGCCAGGGAAAAGGAUCGAGAGCUCAUGAAGGAAAAGAUGCGUGUCAUUCUUCGCACGGCGAUUCGAAACAAUCAUCGCAAACUCGUGCUGGGUGAAUUCGGCUGCGGUGUCUUUGAAAAUCCGGCCAAUCGAGUCUGUGAAAUGUGGGAAGCGGUGUUCAAGGAGGAUGAAUUCUCCAGGGGUUGGUGGGAGGAUGUCGUCUUUGCUGUUCUCAGCCGGGGAAGAGAUCCAAACUUGAAUAUCUUCACGAAGUUCUUGGAUGGUGUGGAGGUUUGAGAUGGGUCGACCAAAAGCACAGUCGCUGUCACUUACGUUCAAGUGGAAAGAUUGUGGUGGCGUCGCUCAGUGGAAGGGUGGUGGGCAGAGUCGCUUGCUUUCGGAGCCUUUUCUAUGUGAGAACGGUGAGGCAUGCUGCAUGCGGCAAGAAGUCAGGUAGGCGUGCUCAAAUAGCUAGUCCGAACGCAUCAUGGCAGGCAGAAUCCCAACUUGGGGCGUCAAAGCCAGAUAAUGAGUUCAUCGUGGUGUUUGCAGCCAUAUACU